AUGAGUAGUGAGAGCGUUUCCAGCACAAAUGCUAAGCCAAAAAGAAGGUUUGUUGGUGCCAGAAAGUUGAAUGAACCAUCUGUAUCAUCUGCAAAGGAAGGCACAGAAAUCGUUCGCCAGUCAAGACCAAGAGUCAACAUCAGAAGGGCUAUUAACCAAAUUCCAGAUGAAAUCUUACAAAAUAAAGAGCUUAAUGAGGCUAUCAAACUGCUACCUUCCAACUAUAAUUUCGAAAUCCACAAAACCGUGUGGAACAUCAAAAAACAUGCUGCUAAGAGAGUCGCAUUACAAAUGCCAGAAGGCCUGCUAAUAUACGCCUUAGUCAUCAGUGAUAUCUUGGAACAGUUUUGCAACUGUGAAACUGUUGUUAUGGGAGAUGUGUCCUACGGAGCGUGCUGCAUUGACGAUUUUACUGCUCGGUCUUUGGAUUGUGAUUUCAUAGUUCAUUACGCCCACUCUUGUCUGGUACCGAUAGAUGUUACCUUGAUUAAAGUUCUUUAUGUCUUUGUUACAAUCAAUAUAGAUGAAACUCAUCUAAUCAAGACUUUGGAAAAGAAUUUCGCAAGAGGAUCAAGAAUCGCAAUGUUUGGCACUAUUCAAUUCAAUCCCACGAUCCAUAGUAUAAAGGAAAAGUUCCUCAAUACUGAGCAUUUACUUUACAUUAUUCCACCACAAAUUAUGCCGCUAUCCAAAGGUGAGGUCUUGGGCUGCACUUCUCAAAGACUCGAUAAAGAACAAAUAGAUGCGAUGGUAUAUGUGGGUGAUGGACGGUUUCAUCUAGAGAGUGCAAUGAUUCACAACCCCGAAAUUCCUGCUUAUAGAUAUGAUCCAUACAGUAGAAAAUUUACCAUCGAAAGGUAUGAUCAAAAGCAGUUAGUGGAGCUGAGAUCUGACGCUAUUGAAAAAGCAAAAAGAGGCAAAAAGUUUGGUCUAAUUUUGGGUGCUCUUGGGCGUCAAGGUAAUUUAGCAACAGUUAACAACCUGGAGUCAAGGCUCAAGGAGGCAGGUAAGACUGUGUGCAAAAUAAUAUUGAGUGAAAUUUUUCCUCAGAAGAUCGCCCUUUUCGAUGACAUAGAUGUCUUUGUUCAGGUAGCUUGUCCUCGAUUAUCAAUUGAUUGGGGAUAUGCUUUCAACAAACCGUUAUUAACACCAUAUGAAACUAAUGUUCUUUUGGAGAAAGAUAGAAUGUUCAGCGAGAAGUAUUAUCCUAUGGAUUACUAUGAAAAGGAAGGGUACGGCCGUGGAAAAAUUCCCUCACAUGAGCAUGUCGAAAUUUAA